CCGCAUUUCAACAUUAUUUUAUUCAUCAUCAACUUCUCAUCUUCAACUCCUCCUCCUCUCUCUCCUUUUUCUCGCUCCGAACAGCCCACCGUCGCUGACCCGACCCGCUUUCCGUUGUUUCAAGUUUCAACUCCCCGUUCACAUUUGCUCCCUCGCAGUUUCUUAUCUAAAUUAUAAAAAUAAAUAUUUAAAAGUUUGAUGUUGUUUAUUUGAUCUUAGAAAAAUGGAGAACUCGGUUUCAGCUGAAGCUAGUGUGUGUUCUUCACCUACUCAGACGCCAGUUCCGGCCGUUAAGAAAAAACGCAAUCUCCCCGGAAUGCCAGAUCCAGAAGCAGAAGUGAUAGCGUUAUCGCCGAAAACAUUACAAGCGACAAACAGAUUUAUUUGCGAGAUUUGUAAUAAAGGAUUUCAGAGAGAUCAAAAUCUGCAGCUCCAUAGGCGAGGUCAUAACUUGCCAUGGAAGCUAAAGCAGAGAACAAGCAAGGAGAUUAAGAAGCGAGUUUAUGUUUGUCCGGAGUUGAAUUGUGUGCAUCACGAUCCGGCUCGAGCUCUAGGAGAUCUUACUGGAAUUAAGAAGCAUUUUAGCCGAAAACACGGGGAGAAGAAAUGGAAGUGUGAGAGGUGUUCGAAGAAUUACGCUGUGCAGUCCGAUUGGAAGGCGCAUAGUAAGACUUGUGGUACUCGGGAGUAUAGAUGUGAUUGCGGAACUUUGUUUUCUAGGAGAGACAGCUUCAUCACACAUAGAGCAUUUUGCGAUGCUUUAGCUCAGGAAACUGCAAAAGCUCAGCCAUCAGUAAUUGAUGAAGAUGCUACUGCCGUCAAAGCUGAGGAGGUUCCUCCACCACCUCCGCUGCAGUCUAGUCCUCAGCCACCUCAUACUCCGUCUACCUCAGUACUAUCUCCAGUUCUUUCGAUUCAGAGCUCAGAGAUACAUGAGAAUCCAAGCGGGUUUUUGCAACCAGCACAGUCCCCUGCCACCACAAGUGCAAGUGGUUCCUCCACCUCUAGAAGUGGCAAAGUAAGUAACAGUGUUGACAAAGUAAGUGAUACCAGUGCUGUAUUUGCGAGUAUAUUUGCAUCAUCAUCGGCAGCUCCACCUGUAGUCUCACAACCACCUUCUUCGUACUUGUGUGACGUGUCUUGCUCUGACCGAACUCCUAUAGAACCCAUGUCAUUGUCGCUCUCAUCAUCCUUAUAUUAUUCAAGCACCCCCUCAUCUUUAUUCCCAGCUUCAGACCAGUGUCAGUACAAGGCGUCAUCACAGGCAGCACUAUCAGCAACUGCGUUGCUACAAAAGGCAGCUCAAAUGGGCCCAACUUCUUCGGGUUCUUUCCUCCGUGGCCUUGGCUUAUCAAUGUCAUCAGGUCCAACUGAUCCUCGCGAUGACGUGACGACCUCACCUACAAUGCAAUGGAAGGGAGGCAACACAUCGAAUAAGAGCAACAAUCAUCCAAUGGCAGCUGACCUUGGACUCGGAUUUUCUAACGAUGCCAGAGGAUCACACUUGACAAAUCUGAUGUUGAGUGGCUCACCAUCUUUGUAUGGAAACAGACCCACAACUCUUGAUCUACUCGGGCUUGGACUUGGAGGAGGUGGUGCAGCUUCCUCGAACAGGUACUCAGCAUUUCUCGGCUCGAUUGGAGGUGGGCUUGACGCUGCGUAUGGUGGUGUAAACUCUACCAGAGAAACUUGGGAUGAUCCUGCAGAAAGAAAGCCAACACUCAUGUAAAAUGUACAAGGACUCUACUCCUUGCUUUUCUAUGCUUCCUUUUCGAUGGUAAAGACAUUUUCUUAGAUCUUAAGCUUUUCUCUACCAGUAAAUUUUUAAGCAUGUGAAUUAUAGAAUAGUUAAAAAUCUAAAAAUUACCGAGAAUAUUAUUUCGACCGUUCGUUACA